CCGUGGGCUAUAUGGAGCUUUGAUGGAAGAAUGGUUUAUGAGAGCAUCAUCGAAGCCACGGAGGAGUUUGAUGCCAAAUAUUGCAUCGGCGUGGGAGGACAAGGCAGUGUCUACAAGGCCCAGUUGCAAACAGGGGAGAUUGUUGCUGUAAAGAAACUUAACGACUCACCAGACAUCGAAAUGGCCAGUCAAAAAGCAUUGGAAAGGGAGAUCCGUGCUUUAACCGGAACUCGGCAUCGGAAUAUUGUCAAGCUCUAUGGAUUUUGCUCGAGUUCUCGACAUUCAUUUUUGGUGUACGAGUUCUUUCAAUUUGGCAGCUUGAAGGACGUAUUGAACAAUGAACAGAGAAUAACAACAUUUGAUUGGAAUAAGAGAGUGAAUGUUAUUAAAGGUGUGGCUAAUGCUUUAUCCUACAUGCACCAUGAAUGCUCACCUCCUGUUAUUCAUAGGGACAUAUCGAGCAAGAACAUUUUAUUGGAUGAGGAAUACGAAGCUCACGUCUCUGAUUUUGGCACGGCUAAGGUUCUGCAACCUUAUUUAUCCAAUUGGACAUCAUUUGCUGGAACCUUUGGAUAUACAGCUCCAGAGCUCGCAUACACGAUGGAAGCGAAGGAGAAAUGUGAUGUUUAUAGUUUCGGAGUGGUGACAUUAGAAGUGAUCAUGGGAAGACAUCCGGGCGAUCUUGUAUCAUCUCUCGCAUCCUCGUCUUCAGCUUCAUCAAGCAAUUCAACAACUUCACAUUGGCCACUACAACAAGUUUUAGAUAAAAGAGUUCCAUACCCAAUAGGCGACGUGUUAGGACAAGUGGCUUUCAUUGUGAAGAUGGCACUUUCAUGCUUAAAUCCGAAACAAGAGCAUCGUCCAAGCAUGCAGCAAGUAUCUCAAGCAAUAUCUGCUCAUAGUUCGAUCAGGAUAAGCUCGUCAGAGGACAUAAAAUUGGAAGAGCUAGUUGAUCCUAGAUGCUUCAGCUAA